CAGUGAAUAAUUAUAUUUUUUCUACAAAUAAUAAUUUUACUUGGAAUCAAUAUGAUAGAAACUAUCAAGAAGAAUUUAACAAUAUUCUACCUAUAGGCUUUGUUUUGGGUUUAGAACUGGGCUCUUUUUUGAAUCCGAAACUAGAAAACCUUGAGGCUGCUUUAAUUCAAUCGGUUACUAGUGAACAUUUGAUAGACCCAUUUUUGGAUCCGAAACUAGAAAAUCUUGAAGCUGCUUUAAUUCAAUCAGUUACACAUGAAAGCUCUUUAAUUCAGUUAGUCACUAGUGAAUGUUCUUUAAUUUAA